CCGAUUUAUUCACAUGCUUCAACAUCGUUUGUUAGCUACUUCUCAGGAGUCACGAUUGUACUACAUGCAGCCGUCUUCUCACUCAUCCCUCUUCGUUUUCUAGAGAGAGAGACUGAGACUCAGAUUAUUCAUUGCUUUUCGUUAAUAUCGGAGCUCAGUCAUUUUUCAGUUGCUGCAAAUUCAAGAAACACAGAUUAAAAAUGGAGUCGUUGUUAAUUGGGUCGUUUCAGAAACCUUCGUUGCUGCUUUCGUCUCCAAUCACUGCUGAGUUGUGUUCACCUCCCAUUGGUGUACGUGCAGGGGGGCAGGUUUUAAAAUGCAAAGGGUCCAGCAAUACAGGAAGAAUUUAUGCCCUAUCAAUGAACUUGCAAGUAGAAAGACGGAAUUUAUUGCAGCUGCAUGUCAAAAGUAUUGGUGAAAGAAUUGUCACAUGUAAUCCAAAACGUGGCUCGAGGCAAAUAGCGAAUUCAGCCUCUGGACAUUCUCUUGAAUCUGAACCUGCUAAGAGCCCUUGGAGAUCAGUGCAGCAUGCCUUUGAUGCUUUCUACAGGUUUUCGCGGCCUCACACGGUUAUAGGAACAGCAUUGAGCAUAAUUUCAGUUUCUCUCCUUGCAGUUCAGAAGCUCUCAGAUUUUUCCCCUUUAUUUUUUACUGGGGUGCUAGAGGCAAUUGUUGCUGCACUGUUGAUGAACAUAUACAUUGUUGGCUUGAAUCAACUGUCUGACAUAGAAAUAGACAAGGUAAACAAACCAUAUCUUCCACUGGCAUCUGGGGAAUAUUCAGUUACAACUGGUGUAGCAAUUGUCUCAUCCUUUGCCAUCUUGAGUUUUUGGCUUGGAUACGUCGUUGGUUCGUGGCCAUUAUUUUGGGCUCUUUCUGUCAGCUUUCUACUUGGAACUGCAUAUUCCGUCAAUCUUCCCCUUUUGAGAUGGAAGAGAUUUGCUGUCAUUGCAGCAAUGUGCAUCUUGUCUGUGCGUGCAGUUAUCGUCCAAAUAGCAUUUUAUUUGCAUAUCCAGACAUAUGUGUUCAGAAGACCAGCUGUCUUUACAAAGCCUGUGAUUUUUGCGACUGCAUUCAUGAGCUUCUUCUCAGUUGUUAUUGCACUAUUUAAGGACAUACCUGAUAUUGCUGGCGACAAGAUUUAUGGUAUCCAAUCUUUCAGUGUCCGCUUGGGACAAGAAAGGGUCUUCUGGAUUUGUAUAUCUCUACUAGAAAUGGCAUAUGCUGUUGCUUUGCUAGUGGGAGCAACAACUUCUUGCAUUUGGAGCAAGUGGAUAACGGUUAUUGGUCAUACCCUGUUGGGUUUAUUGCUGUGGGAUCGAGCAAAAUCCAUUGAUUUGAAGAGCAAGGCUUCAAUAACAUCCUUCUACAUGUUCAUAUGGAAGCUCUUUUACGCGGAGUACCUGCUCAUCCCUCUCGUAAGGUAAAUAAAUACACAAUGCUCGUAGGAAUUGACCCUGAAAUCUGCUGCUUCUUUGGCUGCAUCCUUGCUGCUCACUAUUUGAUGUAUAUACUCUAUCAACUUACUUCCUCCGUAUUCUUUCUCAACAAAAAUGGGAAAGAAAAGAAUAUUAUGAUUUCUAUCGGCCACUGUCAUCUAUUGAUAUUAUGUGAUGCACAAAGAGAAACAAACACAUAAGCAGUUCCUGGUGAUUUCCGGCUUAUGCGCUUGUUCUACCAAACAAAACGAAAAAAAGUCUGAAACCAUUGCUCUGUUACUGGAAUGUAAUAGCUAAGGUGUUAAAGUUGCUGCAUCUGUGCUUAGAUCAUUCAUUUAUAUCAAAAACUUAUAUUAA